AUGAUUGUCACAGGUCGAAUGCCCAUGCAGUGCUUUGCUUGUGGACAUGUUGGUCCGGCACGAACCUACAAUGCUUCUGGUAUGCUGGCCUGGGUCCUCUUCAUCAUCCUCUUCAUCUUGGGGUUCAUCUUUUUCCCUUUCUCCAUAUGCUGGUGCAUCUCGUGGAUUCCACUCAUCAUGCCUCAAUGUGUGAUCUCAAGAACCAUUUGUUCUCGUUGCGGACGCACUCUCAGCGAAUACGGCAUA